AUGGCAACCGUGGCGGAGGAGCUGUUUUUAUACGGGGAGGUCGAGGCCGAACCUUUGACCGGAAUCUGGGCUAUAAUUGCAUACUCAGAUCUUAUGUUAGCUGGAUCUCUUGCUUUUGCAUUCGUUAUCCUCGCUACACUCGCUGCUUCCCACUGGGAAUGCCUGUCUUCUUUGAUCAUCUUCACCCUAACACAUAUCAUCAUCUGCGUCCGAUCCACCGUCGACGAAGCAACAUGGCUCCUAAAACGCAUUGCAAGCGCAAGGUCAUGCAGCGAUCUAAGCAAUAUUUAUCACGCCAUAGCGAAAGCAUUGGUGACCAAAGGCUUCGAAAGUUUACCCGGGAGAUUCAUGACUGCAGUCGUUGAAUGGUAUUUUCCAUUUAACAAACCCGAAACGACACUCCUUCGCCUCGCCAUUACCAUAAUUUACUGUCAGACCUUCCACUCUCUCGUCAUUUCCGGUGUGUUGCCAUACAUCAUCGUCCUCAAGCACUACCUCAAAGACAUGGUCGCUCAGCAUUCCGCGAAUCGGUUUGAUAUGUCCAAAGAAGUUCAGCAUCUUGAGGCUUUCGCUAUCGUUACUAUCUGCCUCUCUGUUUCUGUUUCACUCUGGUUCUUGAAAACAACCCUCGUGGGAGCUCUCACCUUCCAAAAACCUCACGACCACCCUACAGCCACUCCCACCAAAACCAGCAGCAUAAGCGCAGAAUCUCCGACAAAUUCUCCUUCCAGGAUAGGGACAGAAAGACUGGCCACUAUCAUCAAGCUCGAAGACACAAUACGGCAGCAAAGAGUCCAGCUCGCCGAGCAAACCACAGCGCUGGAGGCAGCAAACCAAGCAACAGACCAAGUCCGGAGAGAAUUGGCCACGGAAUCUGCUAUACGCAAUGAACUGCAAGGCAGAAACGAGCGGCUCUGCGACGGUAAUUUAACCCUCCGAAAGCAACUCGCCCGGAAGAACCGUGAACUUGACGUGGCUCGCCGACGGGCAAGGCUCUCAAAUAACGAAGUCGACGCCAAAGCCGAGGCUUUAACGGCCAGGAUCCAAGAUCUUGAAGAGAAAUUGCAUGAGAAGGGAAGAGAGGCCGAGAAAGCGAUUCGAUUGAAGGACCAGGUCGACGCCAACACAGAAAUUCUUUUGAUCACAGUCAAACAACUUGAGGAACGACUGGAAGAGAAUGAAAGACAACUCGACAUGGCAGCUGAUUUCAAGAAAGAGGUCGAAGCUGAAGCCAAGGAACUCCACAACACGGUGAUUGCACUCGAGAGGAGACUCAAAAACGAAACCGCGACCAAGCUCAGAACUUCCGAGGACAAAGCUACCGGACUUGAGAAACACUUGGCGGAGAAGACGAGGGAAUGUGAGCAGGCAAUUGAAUCCAUGAAUGUGUUCAAAGCCAGGGCGGGGACCCUUCAAGAACAACUGAACGAGAAGACAAGGCUUUCCGAACUCGAUACUGAGUCAAAGGUCCAGGAUCUUACGAAGAAGCUUGUCGAGAUCGAGGAACAGCUGGCUGAGAAAAUCAGGGAGUUCGAGCGCGAGGUCGACGUUAGGGCUAAGGAUCUCACCGGCACAAUUGCAAGACUUGAACAAGAAUUGGCCAAGAAGACGAAGGCCUCCGAGCUUGAUGCCGAAGUCAUCAAAAACCUCAAUCUUGAAGUCUCGCACCUGGAGGAACAGCUCACCGAAUGCGAAAGAAACUUCGAUAGUGAGGUGGAUGCUAAGCUCCACUACCUCAACGAUAAAGUUGCUCACCUCUCCCAACAGCUGAGUCAGAAGGAGACUCAUUCGCAGCAUGAAGCAGAAGCCAGGGCAACCCUUGCAAGGAAGGCCGCUCAGCUGGAGGAAGAACUGAACGAGUGCAUCAAAAAUGCGGAGAGCGAAGCCAAUGUCAAGGUCGAGUUGAGGAACAAAAUCGUUACACUCGAACAGCAAUUGGCUGUACAGGCGAUUAACGUAUGCGAUAGCAUACCACAUGAAGUCGAAGCGCUUCGAGCCGAUCUUCAGAGCUACCAGAGCCAGGUUACUGCUAUGUAUACCUCACUUGAAAAUGCAUCGGCGGUCGAGCAGCAACUCCGCGAUCAAUUCCUCCAAAAGGACGCCGAUAUGCAGAAACUGGUUCAUGAGAACACGGAGCUUACGUCCCAGAACAUCACCAUCACUCUUGAGCACGAGUCGUUGAAAGCGGCUCAGAAUGAGAUGUCCGAGCGUCUGAAGAAUGCCUUGGACACGCUCCAGGAGAAGCAUGAUCAGAUCAGUUGUCUCGAAAUCGAUCAGUUCGAGAUACUCUUCGACAGAGAUCAGGCUCGCGAUGCCCUCGAGAACGCCAAUCAAAUACUCGAGGAAACAAAGGCAACAGAGGCACGCCAUCAGCAGACCAUACAAGACAUUCGACCCGCCUACGAAAUGACCAUUAAGCAUGAACGCGGCCGAGUGGAAGCGCUACAGGCAGAAAUUGUUGAUUUCCAGAACAAGAUUGGCAUGGCCAUGCGGGAUGCCCAACGGAGUCAAGAACAGGCAUGCAAGGCAGGGGAGAAAGUCAAGGCUCUCGAGCAGCAGCUCGCCAAGCAGGAGAAGGCACCUGCCGAUCAGGAAGCCUCCAAGCUGCAAGUCUCCGAGACCAAGCUUGAGCAAUGUACUGCAAAGCUGCUGGAGCAAGAAACCGAGAUCCAUGAGCUGCGGACCAAGAUGGGUGUUGUCAUGCAAGACGCUCAGCAGAGCCACGACCGAGCCGUUAGCGCUGAACGAACCGCCGAAGUCCUCCAGCAUCGUCUGAGCAAAUUGGAGAAGGCUGGCACGGGGCAAGUGAUUCCGAAGAGGCAGAUGACAAACCCUGGAUCGGUUGCCACCGCACUCGAGCAGAGCAAAUUGACGAUUGUGGAACAGCAGGCCCAUAUCAACAAUCUCCAGCAGCAGCUUAACCAGUCCAAGGUCGCGGGGAGCGGGACGCCCAACGAUGCAGCCUUGGAGCAGCAGAUCAGAGAGCUGCGUGGAGCGCUAGAGAAUGAGAAAAGGGACAGGGCGGAGGACCAAGUUCGCUGGGGAAGAAAGACGCGUGAGCUGGAAGAGGAGCUUCAAAAGCUUCGAAUCUCUGCAUCACAGAUGCGGGCGACUCCUGGUCUCCGUAGGGGUAGGGGAAGGUAG